CAGUUCAUUGCGUCGCAUGCUAGAUGCUUCCAGUACAACUGCAAAAGAAGAAUUGCAAAGCUUUAUUCCUAGGGUUCCAGCAACAGUGGUAGUGGGAAACAAUGUCUGGUCUCCAGGGCCGACCAGAAGAUGUAAUAGAGCUGUGGACAAGGAAUGGACCAUCUCAGAUUGAGUUGUUGUCUGGAGAUAUAACACAGUUAUCAAAAGAUGACAUGGUGGAUAUUGUCAUGGUCUCUGCAUUUACUGGUGAUUAUGCACCUAUGUCUGGUACAGUUCUUGGGUCACUUAAAAAACACCUAGGGAUUAACGUAAUGAAAUUAUCAAUGGACAAAGAAUUGGACUUACGAGCUCUCUUCUCAUGCUGGCUGUCAAAACCUAUUACAGAAACUAGCUCCCCGUUCAAGAAGCUUCUUUGCUUUGAAAA